GUCCUUGAGGGCCGGAUUGCUGCACAGUGAUUUUUCUAACUCAAGCAUACCCAAUUCAACUCAUCAGCUAAUUAGCAGGUUUCGUCGGUGUGCUAGAGAUGGGAAAUCAUCAAACUCUGCUGGACUCCAGCCCUCAGUUCCCCACCCUGUUCUAUAAUCUGUCCCAGAACACCUGUUAAACCAUUAGAAUCCUUUUCACUGUGAUAUCAAUCAGGAAAACACAAAAUACCAUCAGUGACUAUUGGACGUCACCAGGAACCAAGAGAAACUUUUAAUUUCUCUGAUUUUUUUUGCAGGGAUAAGCAAGAUAUUGGGCCACCAUAAUCUGCCAGAACAGCUAUAGUGUGCCUUGAGAUAGAUUCUGUAAGUCUUUGGAACUGUACUAGUGUGCCAUUCUUCAAAGUUAUUCUCUCAGUGGGUGUUUUGAAGAUGAUGGUGGAGAGCAGAGUCUGAAAUCUCUCAUAGAUGUUCAACUGGUGACUGUAAUCAGUGCCUGUGAACUUUCAGAUGUGCAUUUCUCUUUGUAAUCAGAGGUUCCUGCUACAAUAUCUCUCUGUAGUUGUGGAUGCAUAGGCUAGUUCUUCCUGACACAGUGUGAUUAGGUCCUGUCCUGACAUUCUCAGUCACCUGAGGAACAGGUGCUCUUCUGUUUUUCUUUGCAUAUCACACUAAUACACAAGCAUCAUUGAUUGUGUGGUUUCAACCACAAUUUCCAGCGCUGUUAACUCAUAUCUUUCACAUUGACCUAAAUGCAGAUGUCGCUUUAGUCACUGUUUCUAUUGAAGCACUAGCCAGUUGAGCAGUCUUUGUGACUAAAGCUCCUGCCACCUGUGCCCCAGUAAUGAACCUGCUUUCGAGGUCACUUAGAUUUUUGCCUUUUGCAGUCUCAAAAUUAAGGUCGCCUGGGCUGUUCAUAUGUGCCACAGAGCAGUGUAGGAUGUUGCACUGCAUUUUAUCAUGCAGUACACCUGUAUGGAAGCGUCUGCGCUCACAUCUUUCUUCCCUCAUUUUUUUCAUUUAAUUUGUCACCCAGCUGUGUUUGAUGUUACAGUAUUACUAAGACUUGCAAAGUUGGAACUUGUCAGAACUCAAAUUCUUGAAAGUUUGAAGCUUUGAAGCUUUACUGGAGAUUAAAAAUAAUAAUGACAUUGCUUAAAGGGUUUGGAUUUGCAGCUCAUAUAGUGAACCUCUCAGAAACCAAAUUAAGACAAGUUAUCUAUAGUCACUGCCCUGCUGGUAAUAGGGGCCUUUAUACCAUAAAAUUAGUAGAUGCUCUGAAAAGUAUUAGCCUACUUUAUCACUAACCUGGUUUUCCAAUGUGGGCUAAGAAUAAGAAUGAGAAAACAAAACCACACAGUGACAAUAAGGGUUUAGAAAUAAAACAGUGUUGGAUGUUGUAACUGCUUCAUGCCCAUGUUAUAAGAAGAAAAACUACAAACAGCACAAACAGAAGAUUUAUUCUGGAGCAUCUUAACAUGCCGUUAUAACUGAAUCAAGGCCUCACCUGCAGUUGUUCAGGCCACACUAUCUGGCACAAGUCCAACUUGUGCCAGAGAGGAAAUAACGGGCUGUGCUCUUUGGCUGUGGCUUUACAGCGACCUCUGCUGGGUUAUUUGGUGGUACUACAGCGAUAACAUAUCGGCUUGCGUUCUAGUCUAUUAAUAACAAGGGCUCUUAUGUGUGCCAGGUCAACAAUAUCUUGUGACUGGCUAACUUUGAAAGGACAUGCGGUUCUUUUAGUCAGCCUUAAUCUUAUCAGUACUAAGUGAUCUUAUCACUGUGAGUACUGAACAGCAGUGGAGAAGUUAAAGUGUAGAUUAUUUGCAGUCUUGGCCUAGCAAAAGAUUUCUGACAACCUUCCUUCCAGCCUUUGAGGAAGGGAGACUGGAAGUAUUCCUUAGAGCCUCCAAGCCCCUGCUGCCAUGUCUCGGGACACGUUUACCUUCACCUCGGCCUCCCUGCGUUCCCUGCGGCUGGAGCAGGAGCUGCAGGAUUGGGAGGAUGCCCGCCGGGAGUUGUCCCACAGGAGGGCACUGAGCAGACGGCCACUGCCACCUGCGCCGCGCCUCAGACAUGGUACAGAGAGGAUUCAGACUGUUCGAGCCCCUCCACCACAGAUACACUGCAGAGACCCCGCCGUCCACAACACGUUCAUGUGGGGAGACAUGAAGGGCGUGUACACUGUGCUGAGAGAACCUGGCAUGGUGAACGCACUGAUGGAAAUUGUGCAUGAGGAGAUGGUGUGGACUCCAGAGAUGGGCAUGUGGACUAUGUGCUCUAAAGUGAAGCAGACAUCUGCACUGCGUCUGGCUGCAGGCAGGGGACGCUAUGACUGCAUAGAGGAGCUGCUGUUCAGAGGAGCAGAGGUGGACGCUGACCCUGGGGGUCGCACUGCCCUCCAUGAUGCCUGUGCUGGGGGUUACGACACCUGCGUGAAACUGUUGCUGGACCACGGUGCUGACCCUGACCUGAUCGCUGCUGAUGGCAAUGCACCGUUGCACCUGUGUACCACGCCUGAUUCUUACUGCUGUGCGGAGCUGCUGGUCAGCGGUGGUGCUGAUGUGAACGUGACGCAGAGGGACUCCUGUCUCACUCCGCUGCACGUGGCGUGUCGGAGAGGGCUGGAGGAGCACGUGGAGCUGUUUCUGUCGCACGGAGCUUACGUGAGCGCCCCGAACCGCGAGGGCGAGACUCCUCUGAACGCCGCGUGCGCCGGAGCCGAGCGGCCCUCCGAGGCGGGCCGCUACCUGCGCGUGGUGCAGAUGCUGCUGAGCGCGGGCGCGGACGCGCGCACGGCGGGCAGGAAGCAGCACAGCGCUUUGCACAACGCAUGCGCGAACUGCAGCUACCGCAUCGCUGACCUACUGCUGCAGCACGGAGCGCGCGCGCACACAGCCAACUGUGCCGGAUACACACCCAUGGACUGCCUGCUACAGGUGGUGGAGGAUUAUCCAAACCAGCAUCCAGAACUGAUAGCUCGCUCACUGCUCAACCACGGAGCCAAAACUCCCUCUCCCAGAAUGCUGAAGCUGUGCGUCCUAUCUCCUGCCACUCUGGAGGUGAUGCUGAACUCUUUCCAGGUGGUGCCAGCCUGUGAGGAGUGGCUGCAGGAUGUUCCGGAUGAACUUCUAAAGGAGCAUAAGCCGUUCUUUGACUCUGUUUGGAGGAUGAUUGGUCAGCCCCGCAAACUCCAGCACCUCUGUCGAUGUUCACUGCGUCGCCACCUGGGAGCACGAUGUCAUUCUGCCAUUAAUAAGUUAGAUAUUCCCUGUGCACUGAGAGAGUACUUGCUGCUGCGCAUCGAUGGAGAGAUCCACUGACACACGAAGCACAAAACACGGACAGUACUUGAACUCUCGUUCCAAUAAACACUAGAACACAGCAGCUGAGUGAAACCAAAUAGCCAUGAACUGAGCAGUGUUACAGCUGUUUACAUGGUGCUCACAAGACACGUGAAUAGAUGCUAUUAAAAUGGCAAACCACA